AGGAGCUGCCGCGCGCCCGCCACUGCCGCUCGGCUCCACACAGCCGGCGCAGCCCAGCCACGAGACUCUGACAGCCGAGCGGCCCGCGCAGCUCCGGCGCACAGGGACGGACGGACCGCGGCGGCGGCGAAGGCGGACGCGAGGACAGCGGCCCGGCACCAAGUGCAGGAGGCGCGCGGGUCCGGCGGCGCGCAGAGGUCUCCUCUGAAGCAGCUGGGAACUCAGAAGGCCUUACUACCCAUGAGGAGUAGGCCAGCCAGGAGAGCAGUAAGGGAUGGCAUGAAGGCCACCAGGGCCUGAGGAGUGAGCGCAGCCUGCAGCUCGUGGGACCUGGAGCCUCCAAGUCGGGAGACUGUAUCACCGGGGAGACUCACGAAGAAUUGAUACUUCGGCCCCAAGUGACAUGUCCACGGUGUGAUGACAGGAAAUGAGCAGGUUUGCAGAAAAACUGCUGGCCUGAAAUUUAAGAAGAAGGCGUCGUUGCUUGGCUCUGGCUGAGAACAUGGCCAAUGGCAUUGACGAGCUGAUCGGCAUUCCCUUCCCCAACCACAGCAGCGAGGUCCUGUGCAGCCUGAACGAGCAGCGGCAUGACGGGCUGCUCUGCGACGUGCUCCUGGUGGUGCAAGAGCAGGAGUACCGCACCCACCGCUCCGUCCUGGCCGCCUGCAGCAAGUACUUCAAGAAGCUCUUCACAGCCGGCACCUUAGCCAGCCAGCCCUACGUCUACGAGAUCGACUUCGUCCAGCCCGAGGCGCUGGCCGCCAUCCUGGAGUUCGCCUACACCUCCACGCUCACCAUCACGGCCUCCAACGUCAAGCACAUCCUCAACGCCGCCAGGAUGCUGGAGAUCCAGUGCAUCGUGAACGUGUGCCUGGAGAUCAUGGAGCCCGGGGGGGACGGGGAGGAGGAGGAUGACAAAGAGGACGACGACGAUGACGAAGAUGACGACGACGAGGAGGACGAAGAGGAGGAGGAGGAGGAAGAGGAGGAGGAGGACGACGACACGGAGGACUUUGCUGAUCAAGACAACUUGCCUGACCCCCAGGACAUCAGCUGCCACCAAAGCCCCUCCAGGAUGGACCACCUCUCGGAGGCCUGUUCAGACGCUCCCAGGGACUUCCCCGAUUCCUUCCGGGCCGGCAGCCCUGGCCACCUGGGCGUGAUCCGGGACUUCUCCAUUGAAUCUCUGCUGAGGGAGAACCUGUACCCCAAAGCCAACAUCCCCGACAGGAGACCCUCCUUAUCUCCGUUCGUCCCGGACUUCUUUCCACACCUCUGGUCGGGGGACUUCGGUGCCUUUGCCCAGCUGCCCGAGCAGCCCGUGGACAGCGGGCCCCUAGACCUGGUCAUCAAGAACCGCAAGAUCAAGGAGGAGGAGAGGGGGGAGCUGCCCCCACCUCCGCCGCCGCCCUUCCCCAGCGACUUCUUCAAGGCCAUGUUCCCGGACCUUCCCGGGGGGCCGCUGGGCCCCAUCAAGGCAGAGAAUGACUACGGUGCCUAUCUCAACUUCCUGAGCGCCACCCACCUAGGGGGCCUCUUCCCGCCCUGGCCGCUGGUGGAGGAGCGCAAGCUGAAGCCCAAGGCCUCUCAGCAGUGCCCCAUCUGCCACAAAGUCAUCAUGGGGGCCGGGAAGCUGCCACGGCACAUGAGGACCCACACCGGGGAGAAGCCAUACAUGUGCAACAUCUGCGAGGUCCGCUUCACCAGGCAGGACAAGCUGAAGAUCCACAUGAGGAAGCACACGGGGGAGCGGCCCUACCUGUGCAUCCACUGCAACGCCAAGUUCGUGCACAACUACGACCUCAAGAACCACAUGCGCAUCCACACGGGCGUGCGGCCCUACCAGUGCGAGUUCUGCUACAAGAGCUUCACGCGCUCCGACCACCUGCACCGCCACAUCAAGCGCCAGAGCUGCCGUAUGGCCCGGCCCCGGCGCGGCCGCAAGCCCGCCGCCUGGAGGGCCGCCAGCCUGCUCUUUGGGCCCGGCGGCCCGGCCCCGGAGAAGGCGGCCUUCGUGAUGCCCCCCGCGCUGGGUGACGUGGGCGGCCACCUGGGCGGGGCCGCCGUGUGCCUCCCGGGCCCCAGCCCCGCCAAGCACUUCCUGGCGGCGCCCAAGGGUGCGCUGAGCCUGCAGGAGCUGGAGCGGCAGUUCGAGGAGACGCAGAUGAAGCUGUUCGGGCGCGCGCAGCUCGAGGCCGAGCGGAACGCGGGGGGCCUCUUGGCCUUCGCGCUGGCCGAGAACGUGGCCGCCGCGCGUCCCUACUUCCCGCUGCCUGACCCGUGGGCCGCGGGCCUGGCCGGCCUCCCCGGGCUCGCCGGCCUCAACCACGUGGCCUCCAUGUCUGAAGCCAACAACUAGGCUGGCCUCAUCACCCCCAGUCCUGCUUCCCUGUCCCCUCCCGGGCCCACCUGCCCCAUCCGAUGGGUCUGAACUUUUUAUUUCAAAAGAAAAAAGGAAAACAAAUAGCAGCUGCAGUGGUAUUUUCUGGGCCUCCCGAGGCAGCUGCCUCCCCUGUGCUGGGGUCUGAGAUGGGCAUCCCCUCCCCAAAGGCCCGGCCCCUCUCUGGCUGUCUCUCUGCUCUCACACAGAAACUCACAGGGGCCCGUGCCAAAGAGGAGGCCCCAGACCAGGUGUCCAGAAGCACUUUGGAGCUGUGUGGGGCUAGACGGAGGGAGGUGGCUUGGCCAGAGGCAGACCGGAUGGAUGGAGCAGGGCUGAAGGUAGGGUCCCGAGAUACACAUCCUGAGCCCCGCCACUCUAAGGCAGAGUCCCUGCUGACACUGUUCCGAUGGGUCAUUUUUCCCAUCUCCAGUGGCCCUGGGAUCCUUAGGGGAAGUGACCUAUAGGCAGGGAGAGGGUCUCCUGGGGUCCGGGCCCAUUUUUCCCUCCCUGUCCUAUGACCGCGGACAGGUCAGCCGUCUGUACCCCAGUUUCACCCUGCUGUGAAAGGGGGCUGGAAAUUUUGUUUCCCCCUCCCAUCCACCCACCGACACACUCGAACAUGCCCAUCCCUCCAGAGAGAAGCCUUGAGAGAGCAGGGGCUUUGCAGUCUUAACGUCCCUGGUGACGCUGUUUCACUGGACUUAGUUUUAUCACGUCCACCUCUCCGUUGGCACAGGUGAGAAAUAUGGCCAAACUAGACAGGCUAACAGAGGAAGAGGGCUGGGGUGGGCUUGUCCACAGCCCCCAGGCAGCCUUGGGGAACUCUAAAUCCUCCCCUCCCCUCCGGGCAGGCCACUGUGCGCAUCCGGGGGCUACCAUCUCGCAUUGUCCCCACCUCUGCGUGGUCCCUCCAAUGCCAUAAGGAGUCUUUCAGGACUCCGAGGGCCAACACGGAAGGAAUGGGGUCCUCCUCUUAACACCUGGCAGCUGCCCCUCUCCACCUGAUUCCCGGAAACAGACAAAAUGCCCAGUUACCCAGGUGUAUGUUUGCUUUUCAGUUGGGGGCUUCUCAGGACUUUGGCAUCGCUGUGUUUGAACACCCUCAACCCCUCCGUGGUCCCCCAGGGAGGAAGCCAGCUGUCCAGUGUGGGAAGUCAGAGGCUUGGCUCCAAUAUGGGCUUGGAGGGCUCUGUGAGUGAGGGCUGUCCACGCAUUCUCCCUGGCUCUCUGGUUUGUAGCCGGUCCUGAGAAGGAAGACAGCUCUGCUGGCCCAGUGCCUUCCAGAUCUUCUCUCCCCUUUCCUGUCCUUCCCUCCCUUUUCUUGCUGAGUUUUCUUUUGUUUCUCAGUAGCCCAGAGAAGGGAGGAGAGUUCUCCUGUGCAGAUGGCCCAGGGCUGGUGUCCCCAAUCCAGGAGCUGUGGGCAUAGAGACUUCGGCUCUUCCUAUUGCCUUGGCUUCUUCCUGAGCAAACGCAAAAAAACAAAAAGGCCAGAGAAGACCACAGACUCUGUCACUCUCCCAGCUCCCCGGCGAAGAGACCCGUGACUCCACACACCACCAGCUGCCCUUUCAGCCAGAGGGAACUGUUGCUGACACGCUCUCGUCCUCAGACGUCAUCUGCUGGGCAGCUGCCUCUCACACUCCUGUCUCCAUUUCUGACCCUGGCUUCUGGGACCCACCAGCCAACAUGCCUGUGUUCCCCCUGCAGCCAAGGGAGUGGGGCUGAGCCAAACAAGAGAAAACGAGGAGAAACAAACAAAUUAGAAACCAGUGGUGUUGGGGCUUUUGUUUUUAUUUUGUAAAAGUAAUGACUUCUCAUAAACUCAAUUUUUCAGACGACUGGUUAGUUCUUUUUGUUUUCUCUUGUCUGCAGUUUAGAGUUGUACAUUGUAACAUAUCCAAAGAUGUCGAGUACUGUAUGAUCAAGAACUUGAAGCAAAUGGGUCAUGGAGGUAGGGACGGUAGUGUUUGGUUUUGUUUCCCUUUUUUUGGGGGGGGGGACAUUUCAGUUUCCCUGUCUGUGGGAGAACUUUGGAAUUUUUUUCUAUUUAUAACUUUUUUUUUAUGUGAUUGCUUUAUGUAAAAUGACACUCAACAAGGUUUGCCUUAGUGAUUCAAGGGACAAUCUUCCAUAACUUUGGUCGCACGCUGCAUCCCGCCGAGAAAAACU